GCUUCCCCAGGGAAGCAGAGCUCCUGCUGACUCAGUAACGCAACAAAAGGGAACUGUAAUUGCUGUAGUGAUGGAAAGAGUAGCACUCCAUGGAUGUCUAUUGUUGUACCUACCUCUUUUCUUCUGCAUGUUAGGAUAUGUGUACCAAAAAAAAUGUUGGUUAGGUUUCAACAGAUACCGACUUGACAGCUUCUUUCAUUUCAGAGUGUUUUAAACUGUGGGUUUCAGUAGGUACUGUCAAGACUAAUCUACAGUUUCCAGCUGCUCUGGGUUAGGCUGUUGUGACUGCCUUUGGCUGUUGAUGGAAUGGAAGAUGACGUGUUAUAUAUCUUAAAUAUAGGGUGAGGAUGUAAAAGUGUUUUUACCCAAAGGUUUUUUAAUGAGUCUGUGAACAUAAGGCUUUUUAAUGAGUCUGUGAAUCCCUUUAGGUUCCACUUAAGCUAGGUCAGUGGCUGCUUCAUCUGUGUUUUAGGUAUCUGUGGAGUUGCAGAUUUAUUUUUCUUGUUGUUUCUUUGUAAACUAUGCAGUCAAGUAAAAUGGUACUUGGACUCAGUCCAUCUUGUGCUACAGAAUGGCUUGUAAUUAGUGUAGUAUGUCUUGCUAGUUGAGCCCUAGUGAAUGAUCUAUAAAACCUGAUACAACUGAUACUAAGCAGGCUAUCAUGUAUAGCAUCUAAGAGCACGUAUUUAGCACCCUGAAGUAUUUGCGUAAAGUGCUGAAGUAUUUGCUGACUUUGCUGUCUGUCAGAUUGCCUAGGGGCAAAGUGGCAGGCAUCUCCUUGAAAAGUAGGCUAUGGUCUUGCGAGGCUGUCCUGUGCGGGUCAUGUCUGGGGUGUGUCUGCAACCACUUUCCUGACAAAUGCCUGUCCCUAUGCCACAUGUCAGUAGACAGGUACAUUUUUCUCAUCUCUCUUUCCUAAUGUUGAUCCUUUAUUAGAGGUUAGGCAGUCAGCCAGCAGUAGGCAGCUCCUGCUUUCCCAAAUGCAUAAUUUGGGGCUGACCACCCGUCUCACAAUAAAUCAGUGUCACUGUAUUGAUCCAGCUGUAAUGUGCUACUGGGUGGUGUUUGUCCUCUCCUCCCAUCCCACAGAGCCUGUUGGCAGCAGAAGUGCCAUCAGGAAUGAGGUGUUUUCUGAGACUGGUGCUGGCGGCUGACUACUUGAAGGUGGCAGACUUCUGGGUCUUCUCAUCACAUGCCUCUCCCUAGAUAAAAGGAGGGGGAAAGAUAUCAGCUGAAGUAUCUCUGAUAAAGUUUGAGAAGUGCUGGCGGUCCUGAUGCAAAGAAGUGGCUUCAGUCUGAAAACAAACGAGUUGCUUGUUCGCUGUUUGUAGAGGGGGAGAAACUAAUGUAAAUGCAGACAACCAUGCAGAAUGCAGUUCAGGUGUGGUUUGGAGAUGACCUUCCCUUGAGUCCCCGAAGUCCUCUGACCCCCAGACAUGGGCCAGGUUUGGCAGAUGUGUGCCUGUAUGACCAAUGGAUAUCUGUGCGGCAUGAAGCAACUUUGGUGCCUAUGCAAGAAGACCUGUCGAUCUGGCUGUCUGGCUUGCUGGGAAUGGAAGUCAAAGCAGAACAACUGCUAGAAGAACUUGAUAAUGGGGUACUACUCUGCCAAUUGGUUGGUGUUCUUCAAAACACAAUUAAAAAAUGUUGUAGCUCGAGUAAUUUAAGGAAGUUUCCUAUGACAAAAGUUCCAUGUAAGAAGGAUGCUCCAUCAGGAUCUUUUUUUGCCAGAGAUAAUACAGCCAACUUUCUUAACUGGUGUAGGGCCAUUGGAGUUGAUGAGACUUAUCUCUUCGAAUCUGAAGGUUUAGUUUUGCACAAGGAUCCAAGACAAGUGUAUCUUUGUUUGUUGGAAAUUGGACGCAUUGUAUCCAGGUACGGAGUUGAACCUCCUGUACUGGUAAAACUAGAGGAAGAAAUUGAGCUAGAAGAAACGCUGCUAAUGACCUCUGGACCACCAUCACCUGUUAGCACAGCAAAGUCAUGUUGUCAACACGGGGAGCUACAUGAGGCAGUUAAGCACAUAGCAGAAGAUCCCCCCUGCAGUUGCUCCCAUCGAUUUUCAAUUGAAUACUUAUCGGAGGGACGUUAUAGACUGGGAGAUAAAAUACUCUUCAUACGAAUGCUACAUGGCAAGCAUGUGAUGGUACGUGUUGGUGGAGGCUGGGACACUCUUCAGGGUUUUCUGCUUAAGUAUGAUCCAUGCCGAGUGCUUCAGUUUGCAACUCUGGAACAAAAAAUCCUGGCAUUUCAAAAAGGGGUCACCAGUGACAGUGUCCCCAGCUCAUCAGCUAGAAUACAGGAGCCACCUGUUAUGAAUCCCAUGUCAGCUGUCAAUAUGUUUCAAAAGCAGCCAUCAAAACCCUCUACUCCUGUUUCAGCUCUUGGGGCUAGUGCCAAGAAGGCUUUACCAAAACGUCCUCAGUCCCCUGCUCUGGCAUCACCAAGAGUGCCCCCAUCCUCUGCAGCCAAGUCAUUAACAGUCAGGUCCAAGUUACAUGGGUCUUCAGUGACAGGAAUGCAGUCUCGUUUCAAACCAUUAGCUGGCACCUCAAAGAAACUGGAGUCUCCUGCACACAACUCACCAGCUUCUGCUCCUUUGCAGCCUGUAAGCAAAAGUUCUUCAUCUGCAGGAAUGAGAACUGCUCUUGUUCACUCUGAAACACUGCGCAAACGUAUUCGGUCCCCCGAUGCUCCCAAGGUGAAGUUUGCCCUUCCUGAGGGCUCCCCAGCGCCAGCACUGCAUCCUGCCCUCUUGUCCACCCAAAACCAGCCAUCUCCCUUGCCUGGGACAGCCAAAACACUGGCUUCAAAACAGAAGCGUGUCCCUGCUAAAUGCAAACCAGUAUCUGUCACUAAAACCAAAGCGAAUUCAGUUGCUCCGAAGGCUGCUCAGUCGCCUGUUACAAAUCUGCAUGCUGUUGCCAAGUUUGCACGUUCUCAGCAGCUCCUUGCAAAACCUCCUUCUGAAAAUGCUAUUCAGACCUCAGGAACUGGGUCUCAGCAUCCUCAGAAAGCUCAACAGACAGCUUCUGACCUGGCAAAGAACCUGAAAAGUGCUUCAGUCCUAAAACACUCAGCUUCUGCACCUUCCCUUGCAGUUGGCAAAGUGUCAAAGUCACCACCUACACUGGUAUCUACAAGCAAACAUGUAUCAUCAGCUGUCAAUAAGCAGCCAAAUGUCAGUAAACCCCCUCAGGUUGGACCCACUUCAUCCAAACCUCCUGAACGCACUCCUUUAUCUGUUGUACGGCUUCCUCAAACUUCAGCCAAAGCGGCAUUGACCAGAAAGCCAGCGCAACCUUCCACAAAAGCUCAGCCUUCCACCAAAAGCUUGCAAGCAAAGGAAAGCUUGGCCCCAGCAGCCAAGAAGCCUCUCCCUAAGGGAAAAUCAGCAACAGCGGGUAACAAGGGAACGCCUGGUGUAUCCAAAGGUCCUCUUACAAAGAGCAGGCAAGAUGAUAACUAUUUUGUUAUGACAGGGAGUAAAAAACCCAGAAAGUAAGCUAAUUCCUUAUUUUCUGUAGAAGUCUAAAUUUUGUUCAAAUGGGCCUCGUGUAUCUGCUGCACUGAGAACAAGGAGAAAAAGUUAAAUAAUACUACAUUUACUACAAAUAUUAGGUAUAACCUACAUUUUUCCGCAUAACUUAGAGUAAAAACUGCAUUUAUUUUGCGGUUUAGAAAUUUCUAUUUGCAUAUAUUUAGAAGUGAGCUUGCAUGCUGUGUGUCACCAUGGAACAGAGAAUGUCCCUGUGUGCUGCUAGCCUGACCUGCUGCGGGAAAGGCGGGAGAGAGGAAAGGGGAGCUGGGGCUGCUGCUUUUGCUGCUGCUCGUUUUCAAAGGAGCGAAGCCUGCAUGAGAAAUGUCUACCUGGGACAGAGCCUGAGCGAUACUGAUGGUUCUGGUAGAUCUACAUUGAGGCCUGUGGCAAGCAGUAGAGCUGUGCACAAACUGUAAAAUUUCUAAUACCUCAAACAAAACUAUAUUUUUUAGUUCACCAGUGUCCCAGAACCCAAGUUUGGGUCUUUUGCAUGUAUUAGGAGAAAGAGAUCUCUAGUAAUGUUUAGAUUUGAUAGCUGAUGUUGUCAGUGUUCACUGUGCCCUCCAUAUGCCUUAAAGUGAUGUCAGUUCAUGUGAAAAUGGAGCUGUCUUGGUUCAUGUUAAGUAGGACAUGGAAAAUCAUGGCCUUGAUUGCUCGCUCUUGUUGUGCCUUAGCAUCUCAAAUUCAUGACGGAUCUCUUCAGAGAGCAAUGCUGCUUUUAAAACCCUGGGCAGAUAACCUUGCUUAGUUCAUGUUCAAAUCUAAUUAUAAGUGAGCCCAGUCUUCCUCAGAAAGCUCUUGACACAUGAAGACAAGCGCCUUAGUUGGUGGGUGGACACAUGCCCCUGGGAUGGAGCCCCAAAGCGGCUCCUGCUCCAGUAGUACAGAACUGUAAGCGCCAGCAGAGCCUUACUGUUCUACAGGAGUGGCCUUACAUGUAAAGCCGAACUGCUAAAUACUUCUUAGUGCUACAGGUUCAUUUUUGUGGGCAAUCUUAAUCUGCAGUGGCCUUUUUUGUUUUAUUUAUGGAAACAUUCUUACUGGCUCUCCUGUGUUACUUUCUGGAGGUAAGGAGUAGUUUCUUGAAGAGGUAAUGAAGGACUACGUUUGCCUUUAGACAUCUGAAAGUGCCAGAAAGCUAUGCACUGUCUAUGCUUUCAACUCCUGAGGCUUUCAGUGGGUUAAAAAUCUGUGGGGCUCAACACCUUUACCCUUAAUAGAAGUGAGUUUCACGGUAGAAGAAUAAACACUACUUUUGGGGUCUUUGGGCCUUACUUGAGAUAUUUUGGGUAUGAUGAACAGUUAUUUCUACAAACACCGAGGAGCUCUCAGGUUCUGUGAAGAGACUUAGCUGACUUCCACAGACAAUCACUUCUGCUAUCAAGACAUUUACUUAUGGGCAGGAGAAGAGAUGCAUGGAAACUGCAGCUUGUGAUGUUGCAUAUUUAAUUUUUUUUCCUCUGGAACUAGAGUAAACAACCAUCAUAAACUAAUAACGGAUUUUCUUGAGCAGUGGCAAAGUCAUUGAGCUGCCUUUCUGAGCACCUUGUUAGCUUUUUAAUUUAUUAUUCUAUUUAUGCAUAUCUACUGUAUAAUACUGCUUACAACCUGCUGGGAGUAAGCAGUAAAUAACAAUAUCCAAACUGUAGGAGGAAAACAGGUCAUUUUUUUAUAACAUGGACACUAGCUCCACAAGCUUAUGUAUGAAGUUGUAUGUUUGGACAAUGCCUUACUGCUUACUUGUUUUAUGAAUACACUGGUCAAAGCCAUGACUGCAAGUAUUAAGAAUAGUAUUAAUUGUAGUGGACUGCUUUCAGGUUUGAUAAAUUUGGAACUGUUCCAUAUGCUGAAAGCAUUUUACAGUAGAUUACUUGCUUUUGAUUUGGGGCUUUUAUAUAGUGAGCUAUGAUGUGACAUAUGCAGAUUACAGCUGAAUUCUGGGGGUUUCUUGCUGUAUUGAGUCUGGAAGAAAUGGAGUUAGCGUUCUUCACAGCAUCCUGUGUGGUGCUGUGUUUCGGAUUUGUGACUAAGCCAGUGAUGAUAGCACAGCAGUGUUUCUGCUGUGGCUGAGCAGUGCUUGCACAGAGUCAAGGCUUUUAUCUUUUUCCUGCUUUGCCCUCACAGGAAGUAGGCUGGGACUGGGCAAGAGUUUGGGAAGGACACAGCUGGGACAGCCAACCCAAACUGGCCAAAGGGCUAUUUCAGAUCAGAUGGCAUCGUGCUCUUUAAUAAAAAUGGGGUAGAAGAGGAAGGUGUGGGGAGGCUUUGGUUUCCAAGGUGGCUGUUGUUUGCAGACUGUCUGGACAUCAGCCUGCCUGUGGGAGGUAGUGAGUGCUUGCCUUGGUAUCACUCGCUGGUUUAUUUUCCCCUCUUUCUUUCACUUAUUAAACUGCCUGUAUCUCAACCUGUGAGUUUUUCUGCUUUUGCCCUUCUUCUCUCACUUGUCCUGCUGGGGAUGGAGGGGAGAGUGAGUGAGCAGCUGUGUGUGUUUGGCUGCUGACCAACCCACAACACUUUUUGAACCCUUUACAAGUUUUUCAGUAGUAAUUUAAACACUGAGACUCUUGGAUCUUGGUAUAAUGGUAUCUCAGCAGCUACCUUUUUGAACUGUAAGUUCAGAGAAAAUGAGGUGGAUGGCUCCAUCUUUGUGAUCCAUUAUUUCAUGUAAUAGACUGAAUUUUAUGGUUCAAAAUGAAAUAAAAAGCGUAAGCUGGGAAACUGGCACUGGAAAGGGCAAAAUAAUUCCUUUUACAGUUGAAACCUUAAUCAGGUAAUCUAAAGAUGGUUCACUCACACAUGAGUAGGCUUGGUUUGGUUUUAUUACAAAAAAUAGUAUAUUUGAGAAUCGUCCAACUUCUGUGAAUAUUGCUCCAACUUUAUAAUCAUAUUCUAACUAUGGAUGUCAUGUAACAUGAGGUGAGCCAAGAAUUAAAAUGUAACAAAGUACCUCCUAAUGGAAAUGCAUAUUCUUUUUGCUAUGUUUACAUUGCCAAACAGCAAGUCCAAUCUUCAGCUUGCAUUACUUUUUGUGAGGGAAAGAUAUCUUGGAGUAAGAAUCUGAAUUCUCCCUGUGUUAUCAAUGUCAUUCUGUAUCAGUACUUAUUUAAAAUAAAUAUUACUGCACCUGUUUUACAUGCA